GAAUCCUGGGGUGGGUUGCCAUUUCCUUCUCCAGGGGAUCUUCCCGACCCAGAGGUCGAAACAUGGUACCUAGUAAAAAUGGGUAGCUUCCCUGCAAAUAUUUCUCUCUCCCCCUUUUUCAGGAACAUUAUAUCUUGUGUCUGGUGGCCUCCAGCCUCUGAAUUAUCUCAAGUGAGUUUUCCAAAUCCUUAGGGCUUUUUCCUCACACCCCCCCGCCCCCCACACACUUUCCCUGAUGCCUUCCAGCUGGACACAAACUCAUUCCUAAAAUAUGCAGAUGGAAGCUAUGGUAACCAUGGAGACAGGGCAGGUGGUGAGGAGAGGCAGAGACAGACACUGAGAGAAACCGACUGCUACAGAUAGGGAGAAAGAAGACUUUAAGGAACGAUUCUAACAGAGACCUUCAAACAAGAUGGGAAAACGAGCCUAAGCAAGACCGAGAAUAAACAGAUGCAAUGAGAGAGAAUGUGUUACAAAGUUCACUCUUCUCUGCCCCUUUUCUCUCUCCCUUCCAUCCCUCCAAAAAUAUGGGGAGGAGGCAUCUGGGAAUAACCCCUUGCUGUAUCUAAAAACGACCCCAACCUCCGCAUACUUAUCUAAGUCUGUAUAAGGGAGCUGAGGUCCAAGUUUAUUUGUGAUGCAUGUUCCGGUUGCGGGGAGGUGUAAUGAAGAUGUAUCGCUGUGUCUGACUCCAGCUCCCCCUGACAUUUAAACUAGGAGAAGGCAGACAGAUCUCUUGCCUCCCUCUGUACAGUAAGGACUCCAGCUGUGGAUCCCAUCGCCUCUCUCUUCACCUCUCUAUAUAGUGUGCCGUGUACCGUGUGGCAGGUCAGACCUGGCGCACAGGCGCGCAUCAACGCACGAAGAGCGGAGAAUGGGGAUCUGCUGAAGCUAGACGAAGAAUUGGGAUGGUCCCAGUCUGGGUCGCGGAGGAGUCUCUUGAGGAACAUUUAGGUUUGUUGUGACUGAGGGGCUAAGAAAGGGAAGUCAGGAUUGGAGCCUCUAGCUUUUGAGGGUUUAUGUGUGCAUGGGUGGGGUAAUGGUUUGGUGCCUGACGCCCCCACCCGCAGAGACUAGGCUAUAAAUAGCGAAGCAUAGCUCCGCCCCCCCCCCCCAAGCUUCUCUCCUCCGGAGCCGGCGCUGUGCCCGGGGCGCACAGGGAGGAGGGACCAGGAUUCUGUGCCCGGGCGCAGAUACUGACACCAAGGGAAUCCGAGUGCCCACCCCCACGCCAUGUGGGCCCCCAGGAACCCGGCUCCGCCACCCCAGCUGCCCCGUGGCCCUGGCCUCAGCCCUGGCCCGGAGGAGAUUCUGCGGACUUACAGGGAUUGGCUUCGCCCCUGAGCCCGCAGGCCUCUAUCAGCCACUACCCUCACCCCCCUAGGCGUCCUCGGCAGGUCCCAAUCCCGGCUCCAACGGUGCUUUCUCCCCAGCGGCAGCUAUGCUGCACACCGAGGGCCACGCUCUUCUUCGGGCCGUGGGUCAGGGUAAGCUACGCUUGGCCCGUUUGCUUCUGGAGGGGGGCGCCUACGUGAAUGAGGGUGAUGCUCAAGGGGAGACUGCGCUAAUGGCGGCCUGUCGGGCCCGGUACGACGACCCCCAGAACAAGGCACGCAUGGUACGCUACCUUCUGGAGCAAGGCGCGGACCCCAACAUCGCAGAUCGCCUAGGGCGCACGGCGCUCAUGCACGCUUGCGCGGGCGGCGGGGGCGCCGCGGUGGCCUCCCUGCUCCUUGCCCAUGGCGCGGACCCCUCAGUCCGAGAUCACGCCGGCGCCUCGGCGCUUGUCCACGCCCUGGACCGCGGGGACCGAGAGACCCUUGCCACGCUGCUGGACGCCUGCAAGGCCAAGGGCACGGAGGUCAUCAUCAUCACCACUGACACCUCGCCCUCCGGCACCAAGAAGACCCGCCAGUAUCUCAAUUCCCCACCGUCCCCGGGGGUGGAGGACCCCGCUCCCGCUCCUCCUAGCCCCGGGGUCUGCACGUCGCCUUCGGAAAUCCAACUGCAGACUUCAGGAGCGGGAGGACGAGGAUUGUUAUCCCCUCGCGCCCAGGAAGAAGAGGAGAAGAGGGACGUAUUUGAAUUCCCUCUUCCUAAGCCCCCAGAUGACACCUCCCCUUCCGAGCCACUCCCCAAACCACCCCGCCAUCCUCCAAAACCCCUCAAAAGGCUCAACUCGGAGCCCUGGGGCCUAGUGGCCCCUCCUCAACCUGUCCCGCCUGCCGAAGGGAGGCCGGGGUUCGAGCGCCUGACCGCGGAAUUCAACGGCCUGACCCUGACAGGUCGACCGCGUCUUUCCCGACGUCACAGCACCGAAGGCCCAGAGGACCCGCCCCCGUGGGCGGAGAAAGUGACGGGUGGGGGUCCUCUCUCUCGCAGAAACACAGCGCCAGAAGCUCAGGAGUCUGGCCCCUCUUCAGGGCUGAGGCAGAAACUGAGCCGCAUGGAGUCGGUGGAGCUCGAUACUCCCGGAAAUCUUUGCCCCGACUCGCCCGAGUGCAGCCGCCCGUCCCUGGAGCGCCGCAGAUACAGCGCCUCCCCGCUGACCCUCCCUCCAGCGGGCUCGGUUUCCUCCCCGCGCCAGUCCCAGGAGAGUCUUCCUGGGGCUGUAUCUCCGCUGAGCGGGCGGAGGCGGAGUCCCGGGUUGCUGGAGCGGAGGGGCUCGGGGACGUUGCUCCUGGACCACAUCUCACAAACGCGGCCAGGUUUCCUGCCCCCGCUCAAUGUCAGCCCCCAUCCUCCCAUCCCCGACAUUCGCCCGGGAGGUCGGGCGCCUUCGCUGCCCGCCCCUCCCCAGGCGGGGGCGCCAGGCUCUCCCAGGACCAAGCGCAAGUUGGUGAGACGCCACUCCAUGCAGACUGAGCAGAUCCGCCUGCUAGGGGGCUUCCAGAGUCUAGGCGGGCCAGGGGAGCCUGGGCGCUGAGAGGAGUGAGAGGAGCCAAGGUGGGUGGGGAUCAGGACCUUGGGACGGGUGGGAAAACCAGUUCACACACACACACUAUGGACAUAGAGGUCUCUUGCAUGUGCUCAUGGGCACGGUGCACACAUACAUGGGUAAACGUGUCCACAAGCACAGUACUCGUAUUUACAGAGAAGGGUAAGUACUCUAUUUAUUGGGCAUAUAGACUCAUGCAUUCAUGCCCUGGUCACUUCACAGUGCAUAUGGGAAUUUCUCGUGCCCUUGGACACAGCGCACACAGGACCACUUGUGCUAGGGCCCCCAGAGGGUCCCAAACUCAACUUGCAUUUGUUCAGAAGCAUUAGGGAGCCCCUACUUAUGGGUAAUCUCCAAUCUCUGCCCUCCUGCAACAGUAAUCCCUUGCUUUCCAUGUAUGCCCUGCAACACAGCCUGCUCAUGAUUUCGGACACGCUACCCUCUUCGUGAAUAUCCCAACCCAUUCUGCAGGUCUUGCUUUUCAAUCCAGGCCUGGCUCCUUGUUCACACCCUGCUUCCAGCCCUAACCACUUUUCAGGAUAGCUUCUUUACUCCCCUUGGGAAUAUCCUGCAGCAAUCCCCAACCUCAGUUCUGCUGCUGCCCUCCCUGCUCUCAGCUUUACUUCUCAGCUUCCAGCUUUUUCUUCCCAGCCCAUCCCCCUAACCAAAACACCAGGUUGUUUCAUUUUCCCAGGAGGUGGGUCAUGGGCUCUAAGCUGCUCUUCGGUCCAUCUGAGCUUAUGAACACCCCAACAGGUUGACAUGGGGAGUAACCCUAAAUCAUUCCUCUCUCCAGUUGAUAUAUCAAAUAAAUGUGUUCAGAAGUCUC